ACUGCAUUUGAAAUUAUGGCCGAAUGGAACUAGAAAAAGGAGAAGGGAAACAUCUAUUGUAACAUUUACCACAAAUCCGACUGUCACACACCACUUCAUUAACACAGUGAAGUUACAUUCGAUACAUUGUCUCCGAAUAUGAGAAAAUGUAUGUCGUCUUUUGUCGAGCGCCACAACAAUAGUGGCACAAUGGAAGUUGAUGAGCUGUACUAUCCUGGCAGUCAGAACCAUGAAGAGUCCCAGUGUCACCCUAUGGCCGUGGGAGACGUGGAGGCUCUUAUGUUCAUGAACACCCACUGGAAAGCCAGGACUUCCAAGAGCUUCAAGCAUAGACAGUUCCGACCUCUGACCCCUUCCUCUGACUUCUCAGAGGAUGACUCUCGUCUCUCACUUGACCUGGCUGAGGUUCAUGAGUCUCUGUGUAUGACCCCGCCAUACAGCCCGCCAAACUUUGAGGCCAUUCACAGUCAUCCUGCUCCAGAGACAGUACAGACCUCCUGGUGCCAGAGACAUAGCCCACAGCCAGCACAGCAGGGCUUGACACAGCCACAGAUGGUCAGCCAGCCCCGAUCACAGGCCACCAGUGUGAUCCGUCACACUGCAGACGCACAGCACUGCAGCUGGAGCAUCUGUCCAGCCGCUCCCCUGGAGCACAGACUAACCCAACCCCUGCCUCCCCAGCCCCAGCCAAGCCCAGACGGCAUCUACCCCCUGGCAGAUAGGCUAUCUGGCAAGGACUCCAAAGGGAACAUGACACCCCUUGACUCCUCUGCUGAACUGGCUGCCACCCAGGCUCCGGUUACUGUGACUCUGCCAGCCUCUGUUGGUAAAUUCCACCAACCUACAUCGGUGUCCCCUGUCAACUGUGGGGUUUCUCCUGUUCCGGUUUACUGCCAGAUACUACCUGCUGUGCCCAUUGCAGCGAACAGUCAUAUUCCAAUGGUAGAGACCAGUCACCAACAACAGUCAGCAGCAGUUGGUCCUCCUUCAGUCUUCUUCAUGGGCGACCAGGUGACAAAGGGCCCUAUCAUCUUCUUGGUUCCCUGGCCAGUUGUCGGGAUCCAGCAGUCAGUGCUGACACCUGGUGGCACCAAGCUGCCAGCCAUCGCCCCAGCGCCAGGCUUCACCUCAGUGGUCCAGCGGAGUAGCCCGCAGCCCGCUGAGGUGUCCAGAGUCCGCAGCCAUAUCUGCCCCCACGAGGACUGUGGCAAGACCUACUUUAAGAGCUCCCACCUCAAGGCUCACAUGAGGACUCACACAGGUGAGAAACCUUUCAAAUGUAGGUGGGAAGGCUGUGAGAGACGCUUCGCCCGAUCCGAUGAGCUAUCACGCCACCGUAGAACCCACACGGGAGAGAAGCGCUUCGCCUGCCCCAUGUGCCACAGCCGCUUCAUGCGUAGCGAUCACCUGGCCAAGCACGCCCGUCGACACCUGGACACCAACAAGAAGCCCUGUUGGCAGAUGGGAGUCUGUCACAGCGUUGAUGUUACACAUGCAGUGUUUUCAGCACCGUUCCUUCGUCCUCUGCCCGGAAUAAACUCUUGCCUUAAAGACACUGUAGAAUAAGCUGUUUCUUCAUUAGAUGGGAAGGAACUCAUUCACUGUGAUACUGUUCACUGAAGACUUCAAUGCAAUUAAUUACAUGUUGAAUUCUUAAAAAACUAAAGUUGUUAGACAUG